AUGAAAAGAAGUGUUAUAAUAUUGUUCAUUAAUUGUUUAUUAAAUCUUCCUUCAAGUAAAAGCUCUUUUUUUAAUAACUUUAAACCUAGAAUCGGAAAAAUAAUAAACGAAGUAUCGUCUCGGAAAGAGAAUAUUGGCCGUCAAAUACAGAAUCCUGAACACGAAACUUAUAAUAAAUUCGAUAAUGUAUUGGAAGACCUUACUGUUUUAACUAAUAAUGGAUAUGUUAAUGAAAUGGGAAGUAGAGGAGAUGAAAUGUGCGAGAGAUUUGGUAGAUGUGGAUGCCGUAGUUCAGAGCGGUGUGGUAAUAAUAAAGAUAUUGAUAAAGUCAUAGAUGAUGUAAAUAAACAAAUAUUGAAAGAUCUAAAAAAAUCCAGUCUUAAAUAUGAAGAAGUCAAAAGCAAAGAAGAAAAUUAUAUAAAUAAUAAAAUAAGAAAUAAAGAAGUUCUUGUUGUGGUGAUGAAGCCUACGGAAGUUAAAGGAUUACUUCAAUCACAAAGAUUUAAGCGAAAACGUACUAAAAAUCUUUUAGAAUCCAUAAUUUAUGAAAUUUUAGAUUUGGCCAAAGUUGGUAGUAAUGAAAUUAUGAAACUUAAACGGUCGCGAAUACCGUUUUCACCAAAAGAAAUAACGAAAUAUUACAAUGAGUUUAAAGAUGAGGUCGUUAAUAGAAUAUUUAAAUACGUAAAAAAUAUUCCACCUAAAAAACCAUUGCCUUACCUGACUCUCAAACCUAGGUGGGAGUUCAAAAGGCUCAAAGAAAUGUAUAAACAAAAUAAAAUGAAAGAUUCCGAAUUAAAACGCGUCAUACUUGACAUGUUACUUGGUGAUAAUAGUAAUAUGAAGAUUUAUCCUCAUAAAAAUAGGAAUGCAUACGAAAUUGUUGUACCGAAAUGGGUUUAUUUAGCGUUUUAUAAAAUGAGAAAAUAUCAAAAGCAUGGUUUUGAAUAA